CCAACGUGGCCGUGUAAAAGCCGCCUCAGAUGCUGCCAGGACAUGGCGGCGUAGGAACUCCAACGACCACGUAUCCACAAACCAAAGCCCCCCUUUAAAAUCCGACACAAGAAACAGAUCCAACCAAUUCGCUCGCUUAAGCCGCCGGCAAAUCAACCCAACCCCAAGGGUUUUUCGUGUGGUGUUGAGGAUCCAUGGCUAGGAAGAUGCUCAAGGACGAGGAGGUGGAGGUGGCCGUCACCGACGGCGGGAGCUACGACUACGACCUGUUCGUGAUCGGCGCCGGGAGCGGCGGCGUCCGGGGCUCUCGCACCUCCGCGUCCUUCGGGGCUAAGGUUGCGAUUUGCGAGCUCCCGUUCCAUCCCAUCAGCUCGGAUUGGCAAGGAGGGCAUGGUGGGACGUGUGUGAUACGUGGUUGUGUGCCUAAAAAGAUACUGGUGUAUGGUUCAUCUUUCCGCGGAGAAUUUGAGGAUGCAAAGAAUUUUGGGUGGGAAAUCAAUGGGGACAUUAACUUCAACUGGAAAAGGCUGCUGGAAAAUAAGACUCAAGAAAUUGUUAGACUAAAUGGAGUAUACCAGAGGAUUCUUGGCAAUUCUGGUGUGACAAUGAUUGAAGGGGCAGGCAGUUUGGUUGAUGCUCAUACAGUUGAAGUCACAAAGCCAGAUGGUUCAAAGCAAAGAUAUACAGCAAAGCACAUAUUGAUAGCAACUGGUAGCCGAGCUCAACGUGUCAACAUUCCUGGGAAGGAGUUAGCUAUUACUUCAGAUGAGGCCUUAAGUUUGGAGGAGCUACCAAAACGUGCUGUAAUCCUUGGUGGCGGAUAUAUUGCUGUUGAAUUUGCUUCUAUAUGGAAAGGGAUGGGUGCGCACGUAGACUUGUUUUAUCGAAAAGAGCUUCCUCUAAGAGGUUUCGAUGAUGAGAUGAGGACGGUUGUUGCAAGUAACCUUGAGGGAAGGGGAAUCAGAUUACAUCCAGGGACAAAUCUAUCUGAGUUGAGUAAAACAGCCGAUGGCAUAAAAGUUGUCACUGACAAAGGAGAGGAGAUCAUUGCAGAUGUUGUUCUGUUUGCUACAGGUCGCACACCAAACUCCCAGAGGUUGAACUUGGAAGCUGCUGGUGUUGAAGUUGAUAAUAUUGGAGCUAUAAAGGUUGAUGAUUAUUCUCGUACAUCAGUCCCAAAUAUAUGGGCUGUGGGUGAUGUAACGAACCGGAUAAAUUUAACACCUGUUGCACUGAUGGAGGCUACCUGCUUUUCUAAAACUGUGUUUGGUGGCCAGCCAACUAAACCUGAUUACAGAGAUGUACCUUGUGCUGUUUUCUCCAUCCCACCACUAUCAGUAGUGGGCUUGAGUGAACAGCAGGCUUUGGAGGAAGCCAAGAGCGAUGUUCUUGUUUACACUUCCAGCUUCAACCCAAUGAAGAACAGCAUAUCCAAACGGCAGGAGAAGACCGUCAUGAAACUGGUGGUUGAUUCAGAGACUGAUAAAGUACUUGGUGCAUCAAUGUGUGGACCAGAUGCACCAGAGAUUAUCCAGGGUAUGGCUGUAGCGCUGAAGUGUGGAGCCACCAAGGCGACCUUUGACAGCACUGUUGGUAUUCACCCGUCUGCUGCUGAAGAGUUUGUGACAAUGCGGACCUUGACCAGGCGCGUGAGCCCAUCAUCCAAGCCAAAGACAAACUUGUAGGCAAGAUGAGUAAUUUUGGAUAAAGAAACAUAUAUACCCGUUUUGAUUUAUAUUUUGUGGCAAAGUGUACUCUGGUUUGCAUCUGGUAAUUUCACGUUAGGGAUUCUACCUGGAACGGUAAAAAGGAGACAAUGUAUACUUGAUUGAAAUAAGGUUUCUGCAUAUCAGCCUGUACAGAGAGUAAAACUUCUGCGUUUUUCUGAUCCAAAUAAGCGGGCGGGACAUCAUUCGUUCUGCCUGCAGACAAACUCUCUGAAUAUCA